AUGGAGGCUGCUUCCCGGAAGGCUCAGUUGCUUCCCCACACAGGGAAACACAGCGUUUGGCUGCUCCUAGCUUAUGUGUCGCUCGCUGCCGCUGAUAUAAUGACAGCUAAGACUCAGCUGCCGAGCAAAGAGAGAGCUCUGAGGGGAAGGCAGGAGAAAAUGGUCGUGGCAGACAAGCAUGCAGUCAAUGGGAAUCCCACUGUGGAGCCUUUUCCACCAGGCAUGGAGACCAUCAUGUUUGGAAUGGGCUGUUUCUGGGGAGCUGAAAGACUGUUUUGGCGACUUCCAGGAGUCUUCUCCACACAGGUGGGCUACGCCGGUGGUUUUACACCCAACCCUUCCUACCAUGAGGUCUGCUCAGGUCUGACAGGCCACACUGAGGUGGUGAGAGUUGUCUUUUCCCCUGAAGACGUCAGCCUUGAGGAGCUGCUCAAACGCUUUUGGGAGAACCACGAUCCCACACAAGGUAGCCACGCACUCCCACACAAACCCCAAAGUCGCCUUCAAAUAAGACCCAUCCCAAGGGGCACAAAAUUUAUUAGAGCAGAAGGAUGA